AUGACUAUCAACCGGCCCUUGAAGUUUUUCUACUAUGCGGUGGCUGUCGGCCGUAAUCCUGGCAUUUAUCAUAGCCAAAAAUGCUUGAUGAAGGAAGUCGAAGGCUUCGAGGGGGCUGUCUAUGCCAAGCUGCCGACAUCAAAAGACGCGAUUGCCUUCAUCAACCAGCAUCACAAGAAACCUAAUCGUUACUACACAAAUUCGAAGUUUUUAACGAAUCCUUACCGAAAACUGAUCGAUGGCAAGAACGCGCCAGAAAUGAAAGAGCAAGUUAAGAAGUCUUCGCCAGCGGAGAAAGCUGUAAAAACGCCAACACCGCAGAAAUCAUCUGCUCCAACGGCCGCGCAAAAGUUAGCGAAAGUGUUUGAAGACGAAAAGAAAGCGCAAAGCUCUGCGCCAGUGACUCAAACUGCCUCCUCAACAGCUAAACCUCGAUUCAUCUGGAAGUAA